GCUUGUCUGCUUAGUUAGUCGCGUCCCCGUUAAACAAACGCGACCAGUAACAACCCAACUUCACCCCACUCUGCGUCUCCAAUUCAACUCCGGACUUUCCCAUUCAGACGACUCGACCUCUUAAUUCACACUUGCGAUCACGGUCCGUCUUGACGGCAGCCCUACCACAGCCCUACGCCAUGGCUUCUCAGACGGGUGCUAGCACCCCCUCCGGGGGAGCCCACACAGCUGGAUCACCUCAACAACUCAACCAGAUUGUCAUGGAAUACCUCUCUAAGAAAGGAUACUCCAAAACGGAAGCAAUGCUGCGAGUCGAAUCCGCACACACCGACGCCGAAGGGCGCCCAAUCAUCGCGAAACCAGAAGACUAUCCGGACGCCAUGUACGAGCGAGCUUACUCUCACCUUCGCAGGUGGAUUGACAAUUCUCUCGACAUCUACAAGCCCGACCUCAAGCGUCUCGAAUACCCGGUGUUUGUUCACUUCUACCUCACGAUGAUCUCGCAAGGAUUUAUGGGACCCGGCAAAACAUUCUGGAAAAAUCACCAUCAAGAACACGAGGCCAAUCAUGGGCACGACCUGGAGGAGCUCUCGAGGAUUGCGCUGCCGGCUCACGUACAGGAGAACACGCUAGCGAGGCUUUACCGCGAGAACAAGUACCGAGUCAAGCUUCCGGUUGCUACGAAAAACCUCCUGCUACACUAUCUGGAGGAGACGGGCGAGAGCGGGGGUCAGACUGUUUUGCGUUGUCUGAACCAGUACUUCGAACUCACAUCAAUACCCGGUAGAACCUCGUUGUUUGAUAGAGGCGGAGAGCUACAGGAAGGCGAGGGUAUCCAAGGCCACACAUCCGGAAGUGGAGACCUGUCGGAGAACCUGCCGGCGGUGAAGCUGGGGCCGCUGCCCAUGGACAAGGACGAGAUGAAGGAGAUCGAGGAGGAAUUGAGAGAUGAGGAUACCAGGAUGAGGGAUGCUUCCCGGAACGAUGAACUCGGUGUUACUGCUGGGUCUUCGCUUGUGGACGAGUUCCAGAAGAUCAAGCGUGAAGAGAGCGAGGACAGCCCCAUGCGAGAGAGCGUCCCACUUCCGCCAUACACGAUCGCGGACAUCGAGAGAGAGGUUAGAUUGGUUCGAGAGAGUCGAGAGGCGAUCUCCCUCAGCGGUGGACCAAGCCCGGCUCUGCCCAGUGUAUGCAUGUACACUUUCCAUAAUACAAAUGACGGACUUCACUGUCUCGAGUUUUCACAGGACGCGGAGCUGGUGGCUGGUGGGUUUGCCGAGUCAUACGUUCGUGUUUGGUCGGUGAAAGGAACCCCGUUGAAUUCCAUCAUUCCCCCGGAAAACCAACCCAUUGCGCCCAAAUCGCGCAGGCUUAUCGGCCAUUCGGGACCCAUCUUCGGUGUGUCGUUCUCCCCCGACGCAAAGUACCUCCUCUCCUGCUCCGAGGACAAGUCCAUACGCCUCUGGUCGAUGGACACAUACACCGCGCUCGUAGCCUAUAAAGGCCAUGACGCUCCUGUCUGGGAUGUCGCCUUUGGACCGUACGGACACUACUUUGCCACAGCAAGCUAUGAGCACACCGCCAGACUGUGGAGUUGCGAUCACAUAUACCCGUUGCGUAUCUUCGCUGGACAUCUGAGCGAUGUCGAUUCGGUAACGUGGCAUCCAAACUCGAACUACCUAUUUACAGGAUCCAGUGACAAGACCGCCCGCAUGUGGGACAUCAAUACCGGCAAUUCCGUCCGUUUGUUUAGUGGACAUGGGGCUCCCAUCACGGCACUCGCCGCUUCCCCGGACGGAAAGUACUUUGCCACCGCUGGUGAGGAUAGCUUGAUCAACAUAUGGGACAUCGCCGCGGGAAAGCGCCUCAAGUCGAUGCGUGGUCACGGAAAGACCGGCAUCUACAGUCUGUCCUUCUCACAGGAAGGAAAUGUGCUGGUUAGCGGAGGGGCGGACAUGACUGUCCGUUGCUGGGACGUGCUUCACGGCACCGGUGCAUCCACCGCCGAUGCCCCGGAACCCAUGAACGGAUCCGGAACGUCGGGGCCUACUGACGGAACCACGAAGGUGGAUGGCACUGGCUCGGGAACCAAGCGCAGAGGCAAGGACGUCGUUGCUACGCCCGAUCAACUUGCCGUCUGGUACACCAAGAAAUCUCCGGUCUAUAAGGUACAGUUCACCAAGAAGAACAUGGUCCUUGCUGGAUCGGCUUUCCUUCCUUAAGCUUGGCUGGUUGGGGAGUUGGGCUUGCACAUAACACUUCUUGAAAUAUCCUACGGCGCAAUUUUUCUUUUUUUUCAUAGUACCCGGCGCAAUUCUACUCUUUCUUCGAUUCAGGAAUGCGGGAAUGCAGAAUUUCUGUGUGGUGAUGGUGGGUUUCGUAUUUCAAAUGUGUAUCUA